UGCAAAUUCCAUGUAAGCAAAAUCUCAGAGUCCUUCAACUACAAACACCACCACCAUUGCUAUACUUUUUGCUAUAGCUCUGCCUCCUCCUUCAAUAGGGGGGUCCAAAUACAUAUAUAAAACUUUGAUUGAGCAACAUAUUCAUGCAAUUCCCAUUUUCUCCUUAGUUUUUUUCUUUUUUUUUGUUUUUCCAUAUAGCCAAAAAUGGCAGUGUCAGCUGAUUGCCGAAUGUCUCUCCCAGCUGCUACCCAGAUACGUGGAGCAGCAGGAUUGGUGGGGAGGAACUGGAGGCUUGUGAAGUUCUGUAAUGGAGAACUAAUGGGGAAGAAGCUAAAGCUUCAGGCUAAUGAUAGAACUAAGAAUAAUGUUACGCAACGUGUUUGUAUGUCUCUCACUACUGAUGUUGCUGUGGAGGCCAAGUUGAGGGACUUAGACAUGGAAAAAAGGGACCCAAGGACAGUGGUGGCAAUUAUACUAGGAGGAGGAGCUGGAACUAGACUUUUCCCUCUCACUAAGCGCCGUGCCAAACCUGCUGUUCCUAUAGGGGGAUCAUACAGACUGAUUGAUGUGCCAAUGAGCAACUGCAUCAACAGUGGAAUCAAUAAGGUUUAUAUCCUGACUCAGUUCAACUCAGCGUCACUCAACAGGCAUUUAGCACGAGCUUACAACUUUAGCAGUGGAGUUACCUUUGGAGAUGGCUAUGUUGAGGUUCUAGCAGCCACUCAAACUCCAGGAGAGGCAGGUAAAAGGUGGUUCCAGGGUACUGCGGAUGCUGUACGGCAGUUUCAUUGGUUAUUUGAGGAUGCAAGAAGUAAGGAUAUUGAGGAUGUGCUAAUUCUAUCUGGAGAUCACUUGUAUAGAAUGGAUUACAUGGACUUCGUUCAAAAGCAUCGGCAAAGUGGUGCAGAUAUCACAAUUUCUAGUCUGCCAAUGGAUGACAGACGAGCCUCAGAUUUUGGUCUUAUGAAGAUAGACAAUAAAGGAAGGGUCCUUUCAUUCAGUGAAAAGCCUAAAGGAGCAGACCUGAAGGCUAUGGCAGUAGAUACAACAGUUUUAGGACUUUCACGGGACGAUGCUGAGAAGAAGCCAUAUAUUGCAUCCAUGGGAGUGUAUGUCUUCAAGAAGGAGAUCCUUCUGAAUCUUCUAAGAUGGCGAUUUCCCACAGCCAAUGACUUUGGAUCAGAGAUCAUCCCUGCCUCAGCAAGAGAAUUCAACAUAAAGGCUUAUCUGUUCAAUGAUUAUUGGGAAGACAUAGGGACUAUCCGAUCCUUCUUUGAGGCAAACCUUGCCCUCACUGAGCAUCCACCAAAGUUUAGCUUCUAUGAUGCAACAAAACCAAUGUAUUCUUCAAGAAGAAACUUGCCACCGACAAAGAUUGACAACAGCAAGAUUGUUGAUUCAAUCAUAUCUCAUGGAAGUUUCUUAAACAAUUGCUUUAUAGAGCACAGUGUUGUUGGAAUCAGAUCCAGGAUAAACUCUAAUGUUCAGUUAAAGGACACAGUGAUGCUUGGUGCUGAUUUCUAUGAAACUGAUGUUGAAGUAGCAUCAUUGUUAUCUGAGGGAAGAGUUCCUAUUGGAAUAGGAGAAAAUACAAAAAUCAAAGAAUGCAUCAUUGACAAAAAUGCGAGAAUUGGAAAUAAUGUUGUUAUUGCAAACUCAGAGGGCAUUCAAGAAGCUGAUAGAUCCUCAGAUGGCUUUUAUAUCCGUUCAGGAGUAACCAUUAUAUUAAAAAAUUCAGUAAUUAAGGAUGGAACUGUUAUCUGAAGCAUUUCAACCUUCAAUUUUUUUGGUUUGUAACAUUUGGGUAGAGAAAAUAAAAUAAAAAUAAUGAGUUGCUAUUAA